AUGGGCUCUGUAUAUGGCAACUGCGAGUUGAACAUUUGCAUGGAAGGGUCAGCGAGCCCCACGGAAGCCAGCUUUGGCUCCCGCGAUACCGACCUCAUAUUACCCGCCUACAUCACUCUCAAAGGAUUCGACGGCAGUUUGGUAAAGGUCCGCCUGGUCUGCGAUAAAUCUUAUGAACUUGACGUCAAAGAAUCUCCCUUGCGCAAGCGGGGAUGGGUCUUCCAGGAAUGGUAUCUUUCAAAACGGUCUCUGGUGUUCGGACGUAUGCAGCUCUGGUGGCAUUGCCGCCAGAUGCUAGCGUGUGAGAUGCUCCCACAUGGCAUUGAGGGUACAACCUACCAGGACUACGUCAGAGAUGCUUACUCGAUGAAAGACACCUAUUCCGGGGAAAAUUCAACCCUUUCACAAAGCCUCUGGUGGGAUCUUAUCAAGCAGUAUGCUGGUACGGGACUGACUAGAGAAUCCAAGGACCGGAUAAUUGCUUUCUCAGGUAUGCCUAAGAUGUUUGGCCAAGCUCACCAGAUUCAAAAGGAAUACGUGGCUGGCAUGUGGCAGUCCCAUUUACCUCAGGCGCUCUUGUGGUACCGCUUCUUUGGGGGCAAGACAUCGCGAUCAAAUGACUAUAAAGCGCCUUCAUGGAGCUGGAUGUCAAUAGAUGGUCCCUUCGACCUUAACGACCAUUUGAAACCAACCGGGUGGUCGAAGUUGGCACAAACAGUCACCACUCAUCAAUGCAGCAUUGUCGCCGAUGUCAAACUAUCCCUAGCCGACAAGGGUAAUCCACUCGGAAUUCUACAUGGUGGCGCCAUCACGAUUUAUGGUCAUCUCGUCAAUUGCGGAAAGGGAGACAUGGGUACUUCGACAUGA